ACACCAGCUCCCGCCCGCCAUCUUGGACACACUGACCUCCGCUCCGGAAGUGAAUGUUCCCGUGUAGUUCAGUAACCGAAGGUUUUACAAGGAUUUGUCAAUUUCCGAGAAUAAAGAUAGAGAUAUCAACUACUCAGAAAAAAAAAUUAAACAAAAUUGCAGCGAUGUUUGAAGCUCAUUGUCCUUCACCGGCGGGGUGUGGGGUACCUUUGGAGAAAUAUAAUGGCACGCUGGUGUACAGUCCUGCACACAGAAACUCCGGAUCUUUGCGAUAUGCCAUUGAUAAUGUUGGAUUUGAAGCCAGCCUGAGUGAACUAUUUCCUCUACCAGUUGACAUCAGCACUGCACAUACCAGCACUGCCCAUAUCAAGAUUGUGGGCAUGACUUGCCAAUCAUGUGUACAGUCAAUCGAGGGCCAGAUUUCCAAAGAGAAAGGUGUUGUUAGCAUGAAAGUAUCUCUCAAACAGAAUAAUGCAAUGGUAAAGUAUAUACCGACAAUAAUCAGCUCUCAGCAGAUAUGUGAGGCAAUUGACGACAUGGGCUUUGAAGCAUCUCUCACUAAUCAAAAUGGAUCUUUGCUUGAGAGGAAAAUUCCCUUGCCGAUUGAAGUUAUGAUGAAGAUGAAAGUGGAAGGCAUGACAUGUUAUUCAUGCGUUAGCAAAAUUGAAGGCAAAAUCAACAAAUUGCUAGGUGUAAACCGAAUUAAGGUCUCCCUUGGCAAACAAGAAGCUGUUAUUGUGUACCAGCCACAUGUGAUUCAACCAGAAGAGCUUAGAAGACAAAUUAAUAACUUGGGUUUUCAAGCCAGGAUCAAGACCAGACCAGCUUCUCUGAAACUUGAUAUGAUCAAAUCUAUUGAUUCACAGGAUAAAAAAAGUAAAAACUUGAUAUCCAAUGACCGACUGUCAAGUGCUAUCUGCAACCUUGCGACUGUAGUUCUUCAGGUAGAGGGAAUGCAUUGUAAGUCUUGUGUUGCGAAUAUUGAAGGAAAUAUCAGAGAACUCCCAGGCGUACAGAGCAUCAAGGUGUCUUUAGAGAGAAAAAACGCUAUUGUGACGUAUGAUUCAAUCUUGACUGAUCCAGCAUCAUUAAAAUUAGAGAUUGAAGCUCUCCCACCAGGAAACUUUAAAGUUUAUCUUCCAACUGAAUUGGAAAUGGAAAAUGAGACUUUAUCAAUUCCAGCUACACGCUUACUACAUCAACCAAGCUGUGAUACUGAAAAGCUCUUCCAAAUCCCAAACAGUUUUGCAGUAAUUAAUAUUGGAGGAAUGACAUGCCAUUCUUGUGUACAAUCUAUUGAGGAGACAAUCUCUGAAAGGAAUGGUGUAAAAUUCAUCAAAGUAUCAUUAGCGAAAAAGAAGGGGACAAUCCACUUUGAUCCAACACUAACAAAUCCUGAGGACUUGAGAGCUGCCAUAGAGGAGAUGGGGUUUGUUGCCUCUGUAUCUGGUAGGAGAAUAACACUUUUUUUUUUCAUUUCAAACAUAUCCUCAAGGAAUUCCGUGCAUACCAUAGAAAAUGCACGUGCUGUAAGGAAGAAGGUAUUCCCUUCCACUGAUCACGUUGUUGAGUUUCUACCUCCCAAACCCGACCCAGAUGACCGAAACAGUGAAGCACCAUCAGCAACAGGAAAGUGUUUCAUACAAGUGACUGGUAUGACAUGUGCUGCUUGUGUUGCCAAUAUUGAACGUAAUCUUCAAAGGGAAGAAGGUAUAUAUUCUGUCCUGGUAGCAUUAAUGUCAGGAAAAGCGGAAGUCAAAUAUAAUCCAAACAUCAUCCAGCCCACUGACAUAGCAGACUUGAUCAAAGAUUUAGGUUUUGGAGCUACUGUUAUAGAAGACAACGUUAAUUCAACUGGAAAGUUGGAACUUCUUAUUACAGGAAUGACUUGUGCCUCUUGCGUUCACAAUAUUGAAUCAAAAUUAAUGAGGAUUAAUGGCAUUUUGUAUGUGUCUGUGGCCCUUGCUACCAGCAAAGCACACAUUAAAUUGGAUCCAGAAUUACUGGGCCCACGUGAUGUCAUCAGAAUGAUUGAGGAACUUGGCUUCGGUGCUUCUUUAGUCAGAAGAGAUACAGCUAUGCAUAAUCUGGACCAUAAAGAGGAAAUUAAACAGUGGAAGAGGUCCUUCUUGUUUAGCCUUCUUUUUGGCAUCCCAGUCUUUGGACUAAUGAUAUACAUGAUAGUAAUGGAUGACAAGCACAAUGGCUCCAUGCCUCCUGAACAAAACAUUAUACCAGGUUUAUCAAUUCUUAAUCUGGCAUUCUUUGUUUUGUGUACACCUGUUCAGUUUGUUGGAGGUUGGUACUUUUACGUUCAAGCCUACAAAUCUCUUAAGCACAAAACUGCCAAUAUGGAUGUACUCAUCGUUCUGGCUACUACCAUUGCAUACUUAUAUUCCUGUCUGAUACUGAUUGUGGCCAUUGCUGAAAAGGCGGAACAAAGUCCAAUGACAUUCUUCGAUACUCCUCCAAUGCUGUUUGUCUUUAUUGCCUUGGGAAGGUGGCUGGAACAUAUAGCAAAGAGUAAAACUUCAGAAGCAUUGGCUAAACUGUUAUCCCUCCAAGCUACAGAGGCUGUAGUAGUAACACUAGGACCAGACAACACAAUACUGAGUGAGGAGCAGAUAGCUGUGGAUCUCGUCCAAAGAGGUGACAUUAUUAAGGUGGUCCCUGGUGGCAAGUUUCCUGUGGAUGGAAAAGUAAUAGAAGGAUGUUCUAUGGCAGAUGAAUCUCUCAUCACAGGAGAGCCUAUGCCAGUUGUAAAAAGAGUAGGAAAUGCAGUGAUUGCUGGUUCCAUUAAUGCACAAGGUUCUCUACUCAUUCAAGCUACCCAUGUUGGUUCAGAAACAACAUUGUCACAAAUUGUUAAGUUGGUAGAAGAAGCACAGAUGUCAAAGGCUCCAAUUCAACAGUUUGCAGACAAACUGAGUGGAUAUUUUGUUCCGUUUAUCGUUGGUAUUUCUGUGGUUACACUGAUUGUCUGGAUCAGUAUUGGUUUGGCAAACUUUGAAGCCAUUGAAAAGUAUUUGUCAGGUUACAGCAAGCAUAUUCCUAAAGCUGAGGUGAUUGUCAGAUUUGCAUUUCAGACUUCCAUUACAGUGUUGUCUAUUGCAUGCCCCUGUUCCUUGGGAUUGGCUACCCCUACAGCUGUGAUGGUGGGUACAGGUGUUGGUGCUCAAAAUGGCAUUCUGAUCAAGGGAGGUGAACCACUUGAGUUGGCACACAAGGUAAAAGUUGUUAUGUUUGACAAGACUGGAACGAUUACACAUGGUGUUCCGAAGGUAAUGAGAGUUCUAAUCUUGGUAGAUGUGACUGUGCUGCCAUUGAAGAAAUUGCUUGCAAUUGUUGGCACUGCAGAAGCUAGCAGUGAGCAUCCUCUUGGAAAUGCUGUGGCCAAAUAUUGUAAAGAAGAACUUGGCAUAGAUGUUCUGGGCUACUGUACUGAUUUUCAGUCUGUGCCAGGUUGUGGCAUCAGCUGCAAAGUUACUAAUAUUGAAGCAAUUGUGCUGAAAAGUGAACGCAGUCUGAAUAAAUGUGAAGAUAGCACACACUUAUUGAAGAUUAGUGAUUCGCAUGAUGUUAAUACAGUGCGAUCACAAACCACUUCAGAAGGUGCAGUCGCUUCUCAGGCCUAUUCGGUGUUAAUUGGAAACCGAGAGUGGAUGACACGCAAUGGUUUACAUGUUGGCCGUGAGGUUGAUGAGGCCAUGACCAGUCACGAAAUGAAAGGUCAAACAGCAGUGUUGGUGGCCAUUGACGGUACACUGUGUGGAAUGAUAGCAAUUGCAGAUACAGUCAAACCUGAAGCUGCACUCGCCGUGUACACCCUGAAAAAUAUGGGAGUGGAUGUGGUGCUAUUAACAGGUGACAACCGCAAAACAGCAACAGCCAUUGCCAGCCAGGUUGGCAUCAAGAAAGUGUUUGCAGAGGUUCUUCCCUCCCAUAAAGUAGCCAAAGUGCAGGAACUUCAGGAUCAGGGGAAAACUGUGGCAAUGGUAGGAGAUGGUGUAAAUGAUUCUCCAGCCCUGGCGAAAGCUGAUGUGGGAAUUGCCAUAGGAACGGGCACAGAUGUGGCUAUUGAAGCAGCAGAUGUCGUGCUUAUUAGGAAUGAUCUGCUAGACGUUGUAGCUUGUAUUGAUUUGUCGAAACAGACUGUUCGUCGAAUUCGGAUCAAUUUUAUUUUUGCUUUCAUUUAUAACCUUGUAGGAAUCCCUAUUGCUGCUGGAGUUUUUUUGCCAGUCGGCCUAGUUUUACAGCCAUGGAUGGGAUCUGCAGCAAUGGCUGCUUCAUCAGUUUCUGUCGUAGUUUCAUCACUAAUGCUGAGACUCUACAAGAAGCCAGAUAUAGAAAAGCUUGAAUCUCAAGCAGAGGGCCACAUGAAACAAUAUACACCAUCUCAAAUUAGUAUCCGUAUUGGAAUAGAUGACAGACAAGAUUUUCCAAGGUCUAGGGUCUGGGAUCGAACAAGACGCCCUAGUCAGUUAUCACUUAAUUCCUUGACUUCUGACAAAUGAUCAAAUCAGUCUAUACACAAACAGAAAAGAUGGUCUCUGCUGGUUGGAGAGCAAAAUGAAGAUUAUGGGGUCUAAAGUACUGGUUAAGAAUUCAAAGAAUAUAGAUUUUAUUUUUAAAAUGUGACCAAAGAGUGCUCAUCUAACAUAAAGCUCAUUAAACGUACAACAGCAACAAAAUGGGACUCUUACUUGGUGUAGUCAAUGUAUUUGUGAAGGCCAAAGGUCCACAGCCUUUAUCAAACAGCAAAUAAGUAAUGCUCGAGACUUUAUUCAUUUGAAGUGAAUGUUGGACAUUCUGUCAAAAUCUCAACAAUUUCUUAUGAAUUUUCUAUCAUACCAUCUUUUUGAAGUUGCCAGAGCCAAACGAGACAAUUCUGUCUCAAUUGUUAACACGCAAACUGCUGUGCCAUGUUUAGAUCUGAGGCUAACUCUGAAUAAAAAUGA